AUGAAUCUCUCUUCUCUUCUCUUCCCCUCUUUGUUGCAGGGAUCCCAGGUGUUCUCUGAAACCGGUGUCGACUUUGCUACCAGGUGCGCCGAUUUCGCGACCUCACUUCAACUGCCAGACACAAAAGUUUGGUUCACCGAGCAUGUAUCGCCUGGCACCAAAAUCACCUUCUCAGAUAACCAUGAAACCUGUCGGCGACCUGAGCAGGUAGUCGACGUUGAGUUAUGCCGCGUCGCCAUGUCGGUUGCCACAUCUCCCAUCUCGAAUAUCAGCUUUGAGGCUUGGCUUCCUUCCAACUGGACAGGUCGGUUUUUAAGCACCGGCAAUGGGGGCAUGUCUGGAUGUAUCCAAUAUGAGGACAUAGCCUACGGAGUAGGACUCGGUUUCGCAACUGUCGGUGCGAACAACGGUCUCAAUGGUACAUCGGCCCUUCCCAUGUUUCACCACCCAGAGGUGGUAGAGGACUACGCCUAUCGCUCCGCGCACACCGGCGUUGUCGUUGGAAAGCAGGUCACCAAGCAGUUUUAUGGUAAAGACCACACCAAGUCUUACUAUCUGGGAUGCUCCACUGGCGGGCGACAAGGAUUCAAAGAAGCCCAAGAUUUUCCGGAGGAUUUCGAUGGCAUCGUUGCUGGAGCUCCAGCAUUCGCUUUUGGAGGUCUCAUGUCUCGUUCUGCGAGCUUUUGGGCUAUCGACGGCCCUCCUGGUUCUCCUUCAUAUCUCAGUCUCGAUGAUUGGGACAUGGUUCACAAGGAUGUGCUCACGCAGUGUGAUCGUCUGGAUGGAGUUGAAGAUGGCGUCAUUGAGGACCCCAACCUUUGCCAAUAUCGUCCGGAAUCUCUCAUUUGCGCGGAGGGACAAACUGAAAAGUGCUUGACUUCGCAUCAGGCUGAGGCUGUUCGACGCAUCUUCUCUCCUCUGUUCGGAUCUGACGGAAACUUCAUCUACCCAAGACUCCAGCCCGGAGGCACCCACGGCUUUCAUUAUGUCGUCAACGACAAUCCGUUCCCCUACUCUACUGAAUGGCUCAGAUAUGUCAUCUACGAGAACGCAGACUGGGAUCCCAGCACAACCAACACGAAAGACUACGAGGCAAUGAUUGAGAAGAACCCAUAUAAUGUCCAGACGUGGAAGGGAGAUCUCUCAGGGAUUAGGAACCGUGGGGCCAAGAUUCUUCACUACCAUGGUCUUCAAGAUGGCAUGAUCAGCAGCGAAAUCUCGCAGAUUUAUUACGACUACGUCUCGCGGACAAUGGGCCUCAGCAACACUGAGUUAGACAAGUUCUAUAGGUUCUUCCGUAUUAGCGGAUGCGGACACUGCGCUUGGGGCGAUGGAGCCUCGCAUAUCGGAUCGAAGCUGAUCAACCUCGGUGGACUGGAUCCUGAGAGCAACCUGCUCCUUGCUAUCGUGAGAUGGGUCGAAGAGGGUAUUCCGCCUGAGACCAUCAUGGGAUAUCGAUACGUGGAUGGAGAGCGAGAGAAGGGAGUUGAUUACAAGAGGAGGCACUGCCGAUAUCCUUACAGGAAUGUCUGGGAUCGUGUGGGUGAUGCGAAGGAUCCAGACAGUUGGAGCUGUCAACUGUAA